CUCUCUCUCUUGCGUUUUGUCUGACACUCUGCAUAAAACAUCUUCUGUAAGCUAAAUUACAAUGCUGCUUAUUAUUCUGCUUCUUCUGCCUGGUGUUCUCAGUAAUCAAUGGAGUGUGAGUUAUGUUUCUCUGAGUCCGGUCUGUGCUGCGAGGGGAUCCAAUGUUUCUAUUAACUGUAGAUAUGAAUAUCCAGAUGGUCAACAAGUACAGCGAGUGAUGUGGUGUUCAAUGAGAUCAAACCAUGGCUACUGUGCGGUUAAGCCGUAUGUUUAUGAUGAAUCCAACAAUAAUCAAAAAAACUUCCAAUACAUUGGAGACAAAACCUCAAAUUGUUCUCUUUUGAUCAGUAAUAUUGAUCAAACACAUUCUGGAGAGUAUAAAUUCAGAUUUAUAACCAAUGGAAAAAAAUAUACAGGUGAUCCUGGAGUGAACAUUUUAGUAGACGGUGUUCUCAGUAAUCAAUGGAGUGUGAGUUAUGUUUCUCUGAGUCCGGUCUGUGCUGCGAGGGGAUCCAAUGUUUCUAUUAACUGUAGAUAUGAAUAUCCAGAUGGUCAACAAGUACAGCGAGUGAUGUGGUGUUCAAUGAGAUCAAACCAUGGCUACUGUGCGGUUAAGCCGUAUGUUUAUGAUGAAACCAACAAUAAUCAAAAAAACUUCCAAUACAUUGGAGACAAAACCUCAAAUUGUUCUCUUUUGAUCAGUAAUAUUGAUCAAACACAUUCUGGAGAGUAUAAAUUCAGAUUUAUAACCAAUGGAGACAAAUAUACAGGUGAUCCUGGAGUGAACAUUUUAGUAGACGAUUUAAAAGUGUCCAUGAGCAGGUCAAGAGAAAAUGGAAGCACAAUAGUAGGAGACUCUCUGAAUUUGACGUGCACACUCAGCUGUUCUGGUAAUUUAGCUGAUGUUCAGUGGUUUAAGAAUCGUGAUCUGAUUCGACACUCAGAGCCCGUCCUCACCUUCAGCAGAGUAACAGCUGAAGACUCGGGGAAUUACUCUUGUUCUUUGAGAAACUUUAAAACAACUUCAUCUGAAGAAAUUACCAUUUAUAUUGAAGAUGUCACCGGGUUCCCAACUGUUCUGAUUAUUGUGCUGAUUUUAGUCUCACUUGUUUUCAUCGCUACAGCUGUGAUUCUUAUAAGAAGAAGGAAAGCAAUAAUGAAAGAAAAAUCAGUGAAAGAACGAGAAGAAGUCAAGGAUUCUCUUUACAGCACGAUUCAACCUCAAAAAAAGCUUCAUCAGAAAAACCACACUGGGUAUUCUGAGGCUAACAAAAACCUACCAGGAGCUGAGGAUGUACAGCAGGAAGAUGAAGUGCAAUAUUCAUCUGUCACCAUUAAACCCAAAGAACUGCUUCAAGUGUCUGCAAACACAGAGCAGGAGAAUGAUUCAACCAUCUACAGUGCAGUGAUGAACGGUUAAUCAUACUUUCAGAAGUUAAGAUAGGCCUACAGCUUUGUAUCAUGACAUAAAAGCAAACGUGGCUCUUAGUGUGUGUGUGUGUGUGUGUGUGUGUGUGUGUGUGUUUG